UCUUUCGACUAUUCCCAUUAGUCGGUCCAGCCUUCGGCACGGUGUUGCGGCCGACUUCGACCGCGUGAUCGCUGGCCUCGGCAUUUGAAAUCCCGCCUCCCUCUUCUCCUCUGAAUUCUUAGAAACCCUAGGGCGAAGGAAGGGCGAGGGAUUCGGCAGCUUCCUUUGCCUUCAAAUUUCUUGAUCUCAUAGGUUUUCCUGGUUCUUUGAUGGGUUUUUUGUUUAUAUUCUGUGGGUUGAAUUGGUUAUGAGGGAUGCCGAUGCUCCGCCUCUUGGCAAUUCACGGAAGGUUACGGGCAUUUGGAAAGAAUAGGAGGGCUGGGUUUUUUUUCCAAUCCAACAAAAAAUUCGGCCACUCAGUAGUAAGGGGUUAUGGGUCACUUGCUGAAAAUGGGAUACCUUCCUCCUUGUGCAGAAUGUUCUUACAUGAUAAGGUUACCAGUAGAGGGCAUCGCAUGUUUGGCGGACACAAAUUUAUCAGGGAGAAUGUGUACCAGAGUAACUGUGCAAAGAGCUUCUAUUCUCUUUCAGCAAGAAAUUCUUCUAUGACACAUCAUGCUCAAUUGGUUUGGAAGAGGCUUAGUCUUAUCUGUUCUUAUAGUGGCCCAACAUUCCCGCCCUUAAGUAGGAUAGCUUGUGCUGUGAGCCUUUCUUUCACUAGGUUCCAAGUGGUCCCUGGUAUUCUUGCACUAACUUUUGGGGAGCUAGCAUGGGCUCAGAGGACCUUUGCAGACGGGGGAUAUUUCCCAACAAGGGAUGGUCUGCACAUGAGAGCAGAAGAUGGGCGUGUUUACUUCUCCUUGGUUGUUUACUCAAUUUUAGAGGGGAUAAUUUUGAUCUGCAGAGCAGUAUAUUUGGUGAUUUUGUUCUCUCCUGCCAUUAUACUAGCUCCAUUUGCAGAUAGUUUUGGCAUUCAGUUCAGGAAGGCAUGGCUUCAACUUGUUCAUCGUACUCUAGAAAAAGCAGGGCCAGCAUUUAUAAAAUGGGGCCAGUGGGCAGCGACACGACCAGAUCUUUUCCCAAAUGAUUUAUGCAUGGAGCUUACGAAACUUCAUACAAAAGCACCUGCACAUAGCUUUGCCUAUAGUAAAGUUACCAUUGAGAAGGCAUUUGGCCGUAAACUCUCUGAGAUUUUUGAGAACUUUGAGGAGACACCUGUAGCAUCUGGAAGCAUUGCCCAGGUACAUCGAGCUUCUUUAAGAUUUCGAUAUCCUCGUCAGCGGUUGAGGAAACCUGUCGAAGUUGCAGUGAAGGUUAGGCAUCCUGGUGUUGGUGAAUCGAUUAAGAGAGAUUUUGUGAUAAUUAAUCUUGUUGCCAAAAUUUCAAACUUCAUUCCUGGAUUGAGCUGGUUGAGGCUGGAUGAAAGUGCACGCCAGUUUGCCGUUUUCAUGAUGUCUCAAGUCGAUCUUUCGAGGGAAGCUGCUCAUCUGGGUCGUUUUAUCUACAAUUUCCGCAACUGGAAGGAUGUUUCUUUCCCAAGGCCUCUUUAUCCACUCGUCCAUCCUUCUGUUCUUGUGGAGACAUUUGAGCAAGGAGAAAGUGUUUCCCACUAUGUUGAUGAGUUUGAAGGAAAUACACAAAUUAAAAGAGAUCUUGCACACAUUGGUACACAUGCACUCCUAAAGAUGCUUGUGGUGGAUAAUUUUAUUCACGCAGAUAUGCAUCCUGGGAACAUCCUUGUUCGAGUACCUCAGAGCAAGCGCUCAAGGAAAAAGCUCUUUAGAGCCAGACCGCACAUCAUUUUCCUUGAUGUAGGCAUGACUGCUGAGCUUUCUAAAACUGACCGUGCUAAUCUACUGGAGUUCUUCAAGGCCGUAGCUUUACGAGAUGGUCAUACUGCUGCAGAAUGCACGCUGAGAUUAUCAAAAAGACAAAGUUGCCCAAAUCCAGAGGUCUUUAUUGAGGAGUUGGACAGGACAUUCACUUUUUGGGGCACUCCUGAAGCUGACAUCUUUCACCCUGUUGAAUGCAUGCAGCACUUGCUUGAACAAGUUCGGCGGCACAAAGUCAAUAUCGAUGGCAAUGUUUGCACUGUGCUUGUGACUAUAUUAGUUCUGCAGGGCUGGCAGCGCAAGCUAGAUCCUGACUUCGACAUUAUGCAGACACUAAAAACAUUAUUACUCAAGGAGGACUGGGCGCAACCCAUUGAUUACUUUUUCUCAUAAACAAUUUUGACAUUGAAAAUAAACAUAUGGAAAAAAAUAUAUAUAUUGUUUUGUGAAGUGUACAUUCUUGGGAUCCAGAAAUUGUAUAGAGUGCCUAAGUUAUGUAUCUUGAUCUCUUGCACCUCACUAUCAUAUGUCGAGAUUCUUGUCAAGAAAAUUUUGACUAAUAUUGUUUCAUUUGAUUACUUUCCAUGGC